AUGAUGACAGAGCUGAACACAACAUCUACAGAAUCCAGCCUGGGGCACAACAGUACACAUAAUGGGACUCACUGUGAACCUCUUUCACCUGAAAUGACAAAGGACAUUGCCACGCUGCUUAUCUGCCUGUUCGGUCUGGUGGGGAAUGGGAUUGUUCUGUGGUUCCUUGGCUGCCGCAUGAAGAGGAACGCUUUUACUGUCUAUAUUCUAAACUUGGCUGUCACGGACUGUGGAUUCCUGCUCGGUCUAUCUGUUGUUCUCAUAAUUUACAUAACUGAAUAUUUCAUUUGUGAACUUUUACCAUAUGAUAAUUUAAAACAUUCUUUAUUAUUAUUGAGUUUAUUUGCAUAUAGCACUAGCUUAUAUUUCCUGACAGCCAUCAGCAUUGAGAGGUGUCUGUCUGUCUUCUGCCCCAUCUGGCACAAAAUCCACCGUCCUAAGCACUUGUCUGCUUGUUUGUGUGCCCUGCUGUGGACCUUCUCAUCCUUCAUAAUUGGACUUUGCUUAAUUAGUUGUUUUUAUGGUGGGAACAACAUUUGUCAGAUGUCAUUGAGUGCGAUUUUGCUUUUGAAUUUCCCAAUUAUAACUCUCAUUAUGAUUAUUUCCAAUCUGAUCUUGUUCAUUAGGAUUCAAUGCGUCUCACAGCAACAUCAGCCAGGAAGGCUCUACAUCGUUAUCCUGCUCACUGUCCUAUUCUUCCUCCUAUUUGCUGUUCCCUUAAGUGCUUUUCUGUUUUUUGGAAUGCAUGGUAUGUUGGGCCCUGAUAUAGGUCUCCUGUUGGCUUCUGCCAAUAGCAGCAUCAACCCUGUUAUCUAUUUCCUUGUUGGAAGCUAUAGGAAGCGGCGGUUCGGGCGCUCUGUCAAACUUGCCCUCCUGAGAGCCUUUUAUGAGAAAGAAGAUUGUAGAGAGGUAGGUGAAAUCCACAUAGCUGAGACAAUGCAGACAGCCACUUAA